CACAUCAAAAUCAGAAAACACCAAACACAAACCAACAAAAGAAAACAUACUCUUAUGAACUCUCAAAUCCCAUCCAGCCACACCAAACCAAAAAACAUAAAUCCAAUCAUCAAAUCAGCCAAAAAACAUAUUUUAACUUCCUUUACCUCAGUCCUGUCUCUGUUUCAUCUUCUUCCACAAUCACUUUCACUUCCUCACUUCAUUCAUUCUCUUUUUCAUUCCUCUUUCUCUUCCACACCCACUUUCUAAUUCAAUUAAUUACCUUUUAAGCUAAUUAAAUAUUCCAUCUUUUAAUUACUAGCUACUUAGUGCUUAGUAUUAGAUCUGAUUUUAUGCUGCAAAAUCUUCAACUCGACCCAGUUGCAUUUUUACAUGAAUUGAAGUAAAUGAGAAAAUGGGGUUGUUUUUUUCAUUGUUUUAGAGUGUUGAAGUUGAAAAAGAUUCAAUUUUGACUUUGUUUGUAGUUUAGCUUUUGGUGUUGUUGUGCAUGUGAGAAUGGAGGGUCGUAUGAAGAAGUAUAGACAAGUGAGUCCAGAUAGGGCUAAAGUUUGGACUGAGAAAUCACCAAAAUAUCAUCAGAAUUUGAAGGUAGCUGUGAUUUAUUAUCUUUGUAGAAAUAGGCAACUUGAACAUCCUCAUUUCAUGGAGGUUCCACUUUCUUCUCCAGAUGGGUUAUACUUGAGAGAUGUGAUUGAUAAACUAAAUGCAUUAAGAGGUAGAGGCAUGGCUUCCUUGUAUUCAUGGUCUUGUAAGAGAAGCUACAAGAAUGGAUUUGUGUGGCAUGAUCUUUGUGAAGACGAUCUGAUUUUACCGGCUCAUGGAAAUGAGUAUGUCCUCAAAGGCUCCGAGCUCUUUGAUGAAUCGAAUUCAGAUCGUUUUAGUCCCAUUAACGAUGUUAAAAUACAAAGUGUGAAGCUGUUGCCGGGGCCAGCUUCUUGUCGGAGUCACGAUGAAGCUUCUUCCUCUUCUAGCAUGAAUGGAAAAGAGACAAGACACUCUCAGGAUGACGAGCUUUCCCAAGAACAACAUACAGGUUCGUGUGAUGUUUCGCCGGAGUCAAGAGCUGGAAAGAGCGAUUCCCUAAGCUUGGCAUUGACAGAGUACAACAUUUAUAAGACCGAUGGAUUGGCAGAUGCUUCAACUCAAACAGAAGAAAGUAUUAGCCGAUCCAAAACUCAGAAAACUUGCACAAGAGGUGUAUCAACCGAUGAGGGUUCAUUAGAACCUGAAUGCCAUGAAAUACAUCAAACCGAAGUUCCACAUGUGAAACGUAAUCUAGAAAUCUGCAAGGAUACCAUUUCUCCUUCUCCAACAACUUCAAGUCCCUUAUCUUUUGGAGGUAAGAUGGCAACUUUGGAAUCUUUGAUUAGAGCUGAUGCUAGUAAAGCAAAUAGCUUUCGGAUUCUCGAAGAGGAGGAUAUUCCUAUGCCAACCAAUACAAGGCUGAAAGCUUCAAAUUUGUUGAUGCAAUUAAUCUCUUGUGGCUCAAUAUCAGUGAAAAACCACAGUUUCGGCCUUAUUCCUUCCUAUAAGCCUAGGUUUUCGCAUUCGAAAUUCCCUUCUCCGCUUUUUUCAACUUCUUUUGUUUUAGGGGAAUUUGAUUGCUUAUCAGAGAAUCCAAAGCUGAUGAACCUUAGAUUGGAAGACAAAGAAUAUUUUAGUGGGAGUUUAAUUGAGACUAAACUGAAGGAAGCUGAUGCGCAUAAUGUUCUCAAACGAUCUUCUUCAUACAACGAUGAGAGAACAAGUAAAGAACAGAAGCCUAGAGAAGACAAAGAGGAAUCGUCCGCAGGGCAUUCUAAAUGCAUCCCGCGAUCAAUUAAAGCUUCACUGACCAAGCAUCCACGGAGUGAAUCUAUGAGAUCCCCUAUUUCUGAUGGACCACGAACCUCAUCAGAUAGAAUCGAUGGCUCCUGCAUAUCCUCAAUAUCAUCUAACGGUAACAGCCAAAGAAUCACCGAACCUUCGUCAGGAAGAAAGCAACCAAAGAGGGUAGAUUCAUUUCGGGAGGAAGAGGUUAUUAAAAUCGAAGAAAGGCUUGCUUCGGGAGCUCGGGUUAUAAUCCAAUCUAAACCUUUUUGCGACGCAGCAUCUGGCAGCCGUUAAAAGUUAAAAUUUUCACCGUUUUUCAGGUUUAGUUUGAACUUUAUAUGAUUGUAUAUAAUUUGAUAGGUUCAUGUGACUUAGUAAAAUAUUUUGACAAUGAUUCAUGGCAAAGAGAGGUAGUAGUAGUAGUAGUGUAGGUUGGUCCUAGUGGUCCAUUUCUUAUAACUAUAUUGUGCUGGCUAGAGAGGGACUUAUGAUAUACUAAAAAAUGAAGUGAUUGAACAUUUUGUUGCAGCUUGAAGGACCACAUUCAUGGAUGGUCAAUUGUAUACUACAAUUUCUAAUCACUAGAUUGUAGUUGUGUCAUAUAUAAUAUCUAAUUGUGGGUCCUUACAUCAAAAUCAUUCAUCUCCUUAUCCUAACUUCUUACCCCUCUAUUCUUGCUUGCUGCAAAUGUUUACACCAUGUGGCCCUCCUUGUACACGCAACCUCAUAUUUGGUUUCUGUUGUGCUGUCGUCUUUGUUGUGCUACCGUGUAUUUGUAGUUCUUAUUCACUGUGCAUUGAUUUAUGGUUUUGUGUUGUAAAGAUGGAAAGUAUUGGAGUUGAUCACUUUAAUUGUAGAGUGAAGUUUUAAAAUAUGUUGAGGGGAUUUUUCUAUAAGGCAUUGAUGCUCACUAGAAAAACCAUCUUAGAAUGACAUGGAUACGAACACGGAGCCAGGUGAUCGAGAGUCUGGAGGCAGUCUCUUAACAAUAGUCAGAGAGGGGAGAGGGGGACGAGAAGACGAGAGAGAAUGUUGAUAGAGAAGAUACGGUGUAAAAUUCUCAUCAUAUUAAAUGCGGAAAUGUUUCUCGGACCCAAAA